UCCCGCGUAAAUAUAAAAGCGUAUGUUAUAACAUGUUAUGUAACAAAUUGUUAGAUUUUGGUUAAGAUGAAGUGGCUGGUGAUCGUAGGUGUAUUAGCCAUUGGCAGCAAUGCGUUUACGAGGCAGCAGAGAAAGUUCCCGGAGGACUUUAUGUUUGGUACAGCGACCGCGUCAUAUCAAAUAGAAGGAGGUUGGGAUGCAGAUGGCAAGGGAGAAAACAUCUGGGACCAUAUGACUCACACUAACCCGACUGUAAUCAAGGACCAGAGCAAUGGUGACAUCGCUGCCGAUUCUUACAACAAUUACAAGAGAGACGUCGAAAUGAUGAGGGAACUCGGUCUAGACGCUUACAGAUUCUCAUUAUCCUGGUCUAGAAUCCUUCCUGAUGGCUUUGCAAAUAGAAUAAACGAUGCCGGUGUACAAUUCUACAAUAAUUAUAUUAAUGAAAUGUUAAAAUACGGUAUUACACCUAUGAUCACACUGUACCAUUGGGAUUUGCCACAAAAAUUGCAAGAUUUGGGAGGUUUUCUCAAUCCAUUAUUCCCUGAAUGGUUUGAAGAUUAUUCACGUGUGGUAUUUGAUUUAUUUGGUGAUAGAGUCAAAUAUUGGAUAACGUUCAAUGAGCCAAGAGAAGUCUGUUACCAAGGUUAUGACACAGUAACUAUGGCACCGAUACUAAAUGCUACCGGAAUAGGUGCGUAUCUUUGUGCGAAGCAUUUAGUGUUAGCUCAUGCGAGAUCUUAUCAUUUGUACAAGAAGGAAUUUGCUGGAGAUGAUGGUAUUUGUGGUAUAACUUACGCAAUGACCUGGACUGAACCAUUAACUGAUUCAAAGGAAGAUGAAAUCGCAACAGAAUUAAUGAGACAGGCUGAUUGGGGUAUCUAUUCUGAACCAAUUUUCUCAGAAAACGGUGGAUUUCCUAAAGAAUUAACCGAUGUUGUUAACCAAAAGAGUAAAGAACAAGGUUUCUCAAGGUCACGUAUGCCAGAGUUUACGAAAGAAGAGAUAGAAUUCAUGAGAGGCGCGUACGAUUUCUUUGGUAUCAAUCAUUAUACGGGUGUUCUAGUUUCUGGUACUGAAUACCUUCAAGAACAUCCUGUACCUUCGAUGCACGAUGAUAUAAAUGUAGGUACGUUUGCUCCUAGUGAUUGGCCAGCAGCAGCAUCAAGCUGGUUAAAGCAAUCACCUGACAGUCUUCUAAAAAUUUUACUACUUAUAAAAGAGAAGUACAACAAUCCAGUGAUGUAUAUUACGGAGAAUGGCUGGUCUACUAGACUGGAACAGGGACUGGAAGAUGACGACAGAGUGCGCUAUUACCGCGCCGCUUUGGAGAAUGUUCUAGACGCGUUGGACGCCGGUGUCAACCUCAAGGGAUAUAUGGCAUGGAGUCUUAUGGAUAACUUUGAAUGGAUGCAAGGAUAUACUGAACGCUUCGGACUGUACGAGGUUGACUUCGAAGAUCCGGCAAGAACUAGGACGCCUAGAAAGUCUGCAUUUAUUUACAAAGAAGUGCUCAGGACACGUGUGGUUGACCACGAUUAUGAACCACCUUCAAUGAUUAUGUCAAUAGAUGAAGGAAAAUAAAUAAAACUUUUGACGUAAAAUAAAAAAAAAAUGAAAUUA